AUGGCAAAUGUCGCGCUUUUGAUAGGCGAUCGAAAGCAAGCAAAGAAAGUUGUUCUGUUCUUUCACGGCGGUGGCUAUGCGGCCCCAAUCACGAAAGGACAUCUGGAUUGGUGCUGGCGAGCGUAUGUCCUUGCGGGGAUCGAAGAGGGCGUUGAGGUCGCAGUGGCUGUUCUUGAGUACACUUUGAUUCCCGAGGCGAGAUACCCAGUACAACUUCGACAAGCAGCAAGCGGACUGGCUUAUCUUCUACACAAGGGAAUUUCACCUCAGGAUAUCAUAAUUGGAGGAGACUCUGCCGGCGGACAACUAACAGCCCAGUUACUCUGUCACCUCCUUCAACCACUACCCACAGUCCCAGAAAUAACAUUAGCCAAGCCCCUGGCUGGUGCCUUUCUGGUUUCUCCAUGGGUAGCCCAAUCCACCGACGAUGCUUCAUACAGAGAGAACGCAUGGAUAGAUAUGCUUCCAACACCAGGCAUUGUAGCAUUUACCAAGGAGUUACUAGGCCCUGACGCCGAACCCACCAUCUCAGCAUUUCCACUAGAUAGAGAUGAGUCUAGUUUGGCCGGAAUGGCAUCUGUCGUGAGCCAGAUGUACGUGACUGCCGGAACACACGAGAUCUUCCGAGAUCAGGUGCUUGCUUUCAAGGAAAGGGUCGAGCUCUUGAACCCCGAUCUGAAGUUGCGGUUUCAGCGUUAUGAGAAUUGUGCCCAUGACUUUAUAGUCAUCGAGAACGAAGAUGGAGAGUGUACUCAGGAUAUGAAGCGGUGGAUGCUUGACUUACUGGCUGUGGAGUAG